AUGCGCGGCGGGGCCGGGGGCCAUGGGCAGGCGGCGAGAGGGGCUGAGCGUGGCCCGGGAGAUUGAUGGACUGGAGGAAAAACUGGCACACUGCAGACAGAGCCUGGAGGAGGUGGAUCUUAAAUUGCGCGGGGAGAAGCUCAGCCCUGAAGGAAGAAAGUCACUGGAGAGAGAAAGAAACUUACUAAUGACCAAAGCUGACAGCUAUGGGAUGCUCCUUGCAUGUCUUCAGGCUCCUGUUGAUCAGUGUGUUAACAGCUUGACAGCACUCUGAAGCCAUGCAAGCACUGGAGCUCACACAAAGGAAAGGAACAAGUGUUCUUUUAGGCCUGGAGAGUUGAAAACUUGGGUGAGGUCAGCAAAUCUAUAAUUUUAAACUCAUGUUAAAAGACUGUUUCCAGAAGACUUAAGUUAUUUUAAACAAAUUCAAAGCUGUUCCCUAGGGGCCUACCAUUAGUCACAGCUGAAGACUCUGCAUGUCACUGCCACCCUUCUACCAGCAGUCAGCCCUCAUUGCCAGCACGAACAGAACACCGACAGGCUGCUCAGACAGCAACAACACCCUACCUAAUGGUGAUGGCUGCUCCUGCUGGAGCAGAACAGGCAGUGCAUGUGCACAGUCUUUUCAGAUAACUGCUGUGGCCUCUUGAUUAAAUCUCUUAUUCCAGUGCUGGGAAUGGCAUUGCUUUGUCAGUUUAAGGUGGCACUGCUGUGCUUGGGGUUAUGUGAACCUCUACCACCUCAUCUCUAGCCCUGCAGAUUCAAACAGUUUGCUGUGUGGUUGCAUAAGAACCCUUGUACAAUGUGAAGAAUGGGGUAGGAAGAACAGCUAAAAACUUCUCACCAGCACCAUUUUGGGAACCUGCGGGAGCCGGGCAUUCCUGCUGUGGAGGCAGUAACUGGAUAGUCACUGCAGCUAGAUUCAGCAGCAGGAUCUGCACCCAGCCUUGCCCUACAAAGUAACUGUUGCUGUUUGGCCACAGUGUGUGUAAUGCUGGAGGCCUUACUGCUUUCAAGUCCUCUGAACGAAACCAGCAAGAAUGGGGUUCUCAUCUUUGGUAAAGGGAAGGAACAGAACUGAAGAUUGCUAGGACUCUGUACUUUUGGUAGCCAUUUACUUUUCUUUGCAUCUGUGAUUCUUCUUUUGUAAACCAGAGCCAGGGAUAGUGACUGGCUAUUGCUGUCUUUGUCUCUUAAAAGCAGUAGAUCUCAAGAGAAUGGGUGUCCCGGCUCAAGCCCACUCCACACUCAUUCUUCUGUGGCACAAAACUACCCACAUUCUGCACCAUUCAGCAAUGGUCACAAUUGUAUUUAAGUAAAUUUAAGCACUCAGAAAAGACACUGGGCUGUUCUGUCUGGAAGAUAAUGAAAAUAGCUCUCUACCCUCUGUCUUUUUCAUUCUUAAGGAACAAAAACAAUUG